AUGGAAGAAGUGGAGCAAAAGCCCCCAAAGAUUAACUUAAAGCCGGUGAACCCCAAGAUAAACAUACCAGAAAUUAAUCUGGAUGAUCUCAAGAAGCACCCCCAUUUACUUGUGUCACCGUCGUUAAAAGAGACCAAAGCCAAACAAAGUGCAAGGUGGAAGAAUUGUCUUUGCUCACCCACUACACAUGUUGGGUCCUUCCGGUGUCGGCACCACCGGAAUUCUAGCCUGCAACGUGGAGGUUCGGUCGGCUCCAAGCUCUCCGAGUUGGCUCAUAAAUCGGGGGCCGUCAGUGGCUCACUACAAGCUCAGUAG